AUGACUGACAAUACGAACCCAGGCAAUUUUGCCAAUCGUACCGCUGAGGACGUCAAGAACGUUGCGUCAAAGGGCGGGCAGACUGGGACGGAGAACAGUGGCUUUGCUAGCAUGGAUUCUGACAAGCAGAAAGACAUUGCCUCUAUGGGUGGAAAAGCUUCGAGUGGCUCAUUCGAGCCUGGCAGCGAGAAGGCCAAGGAAGCCGGGCGUGAGUGUGAUUUUUGUUUAACUGCAGUCGUGCUAGCCGCGGUCGAGGACACAUUGAAGUCGCAAUCUUGCGAGUUCUCUCCCACUGCCUAUUUUGCUGCCCUCCUCGCUCUCCUCACCCAAUGCAUUUCCGGGCAAGACGGCCUCGUCAACAAAGAGCUUGCUACUUGUGUCGUAUACCUUCUUGAUAUUGUAGGAAGCCAUGUGCCAGCUCCGCUGCUACGAAGCAAAUUCAGCCAGAUCUUGACAAGUCUUUCGCCGAUACUGUCCAGCCCGGACGUGGAAGCGCCACUUGUGAGAUCCUCCGUUGGUUGUCUUGAGACACUCCUGCUCGCUCAGGAUGGCGCAGCAUGGGCGCUUUCUCAGACGCAGAUCAGCCCGCGCCGGGCAAUUGCUGGUCUUCUCGUGCUUGCUCAUGAUCACAGACCGAAAGUACGAAAGCGCGCACAAGAGGCUAUCGCUCACGUUCUACAAUCGCCACCGCCCAGUCCAAGUUUAGACCAUCCAGCAGCAGACAUGUGCGCUGAGGCUGCUCUGAAAACGGCGACUGAUGUACUUGCAGCUACUACCCUUCAGGGAAAGAAGGGGAGAAAGGAGUACAAAAGAUUGCCUGAGGACCGUCAUCCAGGCCUGAUACAUGCUUUGCAACUCAUUCACUCUCUUGCAUCAGUAUCGAGGGGAUGGCCAAGUAAAAAGAUAGAGCCGCUUUGCGAGCUUCUCAUACAUUUUUCGGGCAGCAACGAAUGGCUUACGCUGCAAGCUUUUGAGAUCUUUGAGGCCAUCUUUCGUGGUAUGGCUGAGGAGGUUGCAAGCACAAAAUUGCCAAAAAUGUUGCAGGUCAUUGAGGAGAUGAAACCAGCUUUGGACAAUGAGAAAUUAGCACCGAGCUGGUGUGCGAUCAUCAGCAGAGGCUAUGUUGUUUCUGCUCAGGUCGAAAAAGUAGAGACCUUUCAAAAGCUCCCCCAAAUUUUUGAGUCUGUGAAGCAAUAUUGCUCAUCAGGUAGCUACAACAUUCGAAAAAGCGCUUCUGAAUGUUUGAUAUCCUUCCUUUCAAAUUGUAUCUCUGAAGACGCCAUAAUCGAGCCUAGUAUCUAUGACGAGAAGGUACUGGGGAACAUUGCGAAGUCCACGAUAGAUUUGUUGAGUAUCAAAUAUCAGACCGCCUGGAUGGAGGUUUUCUCUGUGUUAUCUGCUACAUUUGACGCCUACAGAUACAGGUCAGUGAACUUACUUAAUGAGAUUGUUAAGAUACUUGGAGGACUUCGAGAAAGUGAUUCGUUCUCCGGAAAGAAAGAAAUUGAUCAGGUAUUGGGACAGGCAAUAUCAAAUAUGGGACCCGCAAACGUUCUUGCCAUUUUACCACUUGGCCUUGCAAAACCCAUACCUGGCCAAGCUGGACGAGCCUGGCUUCUGCCUAUUCUUCGAGACCACGUGCAGAAUACUGACCUUAUGCAUUUUCGAUCGGAAUUGGUACCCCUGAGCGAAGUCUUGUAUCAGAGGAUAAUUGAUCACGGAGCUGCAGACAAAACAAUGGAGCUCAAGAUUUACGAGACACUGGUGCAGCAGAUCUGGGACAUCUUACCUGGAUACUGCACUCUCCCUAUAGAUGUGCCCAAGGCUUUCGAUCAGACCUUUGCUGAAAUGCUUGCCAAUCUGCUGUAUAAGCAGACAAGUCUGCGUAUCAACAUAUGUAACGGACUUCAGACACUCGUGGAAUCAUUGCAAGCUUUUGUGGCCAGUGAUCUCUUGAAAGAAAACCAGCUUUUGCAGCACCGACUAACGAAGCCUGAUGCAGAGGAAGCUCUCAAGCAUUUAGCUGGGCUCGCAGGCAAUUUGCUCGCAGUCCUAUUCAAUGUUUACAGCGAGACAUUACCACAAUACAGAGGUUACAUUCUCCAGUGCAUAAAUGCCAUUCUGAGUAUCAUACCCGAGAAGGAACUCCUCGAAACCUUCCAUCGUGUAGCUGUCAUGCUCGAAGACGCACUUAGAGAAUCUUCAGAUCAAACGCAAGCACAAAAGCAACAAGAAAAGCAGGAGCGCAAGCAGACAGACACGAUGCCCCCAGCUUCACAUACCCUUAUGGACCUUGUUAUCACACUUUCCAUCUAUCUGCCGCGCCAUUCUUUUCCUGCCCUGUUCAAUUUAGCAGCACACGCACUUCCACUCAAAAGUGAUGCCCAGCUUCAGAAAAAAGCCUAUAAACUCCUGCCUCGGCUGAGCAAAUCUAUCGUUGGUGCAACGGCGCUCAAAGACCGCAAUUCAGAGCUGCAGUUGCUCUUACUUGAUACGCAAUCAUCAGUGACGCCGUCGGCGAGACGAGAUCGUCUGGCCGCCAUUACGGUCGUCGUAGAGCACCUGCCAGACACUGAAUUGCACUUUGUUCCUUCGGUCUUGAGCGAAGUCGUGAUAGCAUGUAAGGAAGUGAAUGAUAAGGCCCGUACCACGGCAUUUGACCUUCUUAUACUCAUGGCACAGAAAGUGUCCGCAGGUGGCAAGAUCGAGCAGUCAAAGAUCCCUCAUAUGGACGAUUCUGCACCUGUUGCUGAGGCUAGCCUGGAGGAAUUUUUCACCAUGGUAUCGGCAGGUUUAGUUGGGAAUAGCCCGCAUAUGAUCUCAGCUACCAUAACAGCGUUGGCUCGUAUCCUCCAUGAAUUCAUAUUACGGCUACCUCGAAACGUCAUGGAGGAUAUUGUACAGACUAUGUCGCUCUUCCUCACGUCGACGAAUCGAGAAAUUGUCCGCGCAGUCCUCGGUUUUGUGAAAGUCGCGAUUAUCUCGCUGCCUGAAGAUCUCAUACGUCCUCGACUUGAGGGCUUAAUCCCGGGUCUUAUGCAAUGGAGUCAUGAACACAAGGCUCGAUUCAGAUCAAAAGUGAAACACAUCCUUGAGCGUGCAGUACGCCGCUUUGGAUAUGAUAGCAUUGAGAGUUAUUGCCCCGAAGCAGACAAGAAACUCAUUCAGAAUAUCCGUAAGACUCGGGAACGUCGGAAGAAGAAGAAUCAAUACAACAAGGAUGACCCUGAAGAUGACUCUGUUGCCGAGGAGCCUUCGAAUGGCAGCAAAGGCAGAUUCGAAAGUGAACAUGACGAAGUACUCUAUGGCAGUGCAUCUUCUUCCGAUGCUUCCGAUGACGAGACUGAGGCCCGCCAACGCUCCAGUAGCAAACGCAAAGCCAGUGGCACGAAGACAUAUAUUUCCGAAGCGCAAGACGAGCCCCUCGACCUACUAGACCGGCGUUCCCUUGCAAACAUUUCUUCCCGCAAACCUGUCCCCACCAAGCAACCUCCCACCAGCACAAAAAGAAAAGGCAAAAUAAAGGUUGAUGGCAAACUUGUCAUCAAUGAUAAUGACUCCGAUGAUGAUGAUAAGGGAGGUGGUGUGACGAGGAGCAAUCGGAAUGGAAAUGAUGAUGCAAUGGCUCUCGAUGCGAGAGAUGAGGACGAAGGUGGCGGCAUCAACGCCUACGUCGAGGCUGUGAAAGGCAAAGAUGCCAUUCAGCGUGGGCAGAGAGGGAGGCUGAAGUACAGCAAUAAGCGUGACAGGGGUGAUGCUAUGGAUAUCGAUGGUGAGGAGGAUGGAGCUGCAGCAGCUAAGAAGGUGAGGUUUGCGGACGGUGGGAAUAGGAAAGGUGCUGUAGGUAGUAAAGCAAAGAAGAAAGGAUUUGCGACUGGUGCGAAUGGGCAGAAGAUGAAUGUAAAGGCUAAAGGGGGAAUCAGUAAGAGGGUCGAACGUAGAGGAUUAGGUGGUGGAAAGAUCGGAAAGUUCAAAUGA